AUGAAGAUCAAGCAGCGACGGCACCAGUUUAUUGCAGCGGAGGACGACGUACUGCGCGAGUACGUGAAGAAGCAACACGACGAAGGGAAGGCAAUCAGAGGGCUGAAGAUAUACAGAGCCCUCGCAGAAGAACAUCCAACCCACACCGCACAGUCCUGGAGGGAUCGAGCAAUAAGACAAGUCGUCCAAGUGAUAGAGGACGAGUCAUACGAAGAAGAGUCCGCCGUCGUCUAUCGCAAAAUCAAAGCAGCAGUAGUCGCCGGGAAUUUGAGGAGGGUAGCCGGUAGCCCGCGCUCAGUCGCCGCGCCGCCAUCACAAUCACAAUCAGCAGCAGAAAAAAAGCCGCCGCCAGGACACAUGGCUCGGGCUAGUCAUGGAAAAAAUUCCGACAACGAAGAAAAGAAAACACUUAUUGGCUACAAGAAAUUUAUUGCGGGAAAGUUAGACUGUCCCAGUAGCCGCCGCAGCAGCAACGUCACAAAAGCCAAGCCGCAGCCGUCACAUCAGAAGAAAACGCACCCGCUUCACCAACGAGGACAAUAA